GCACUUGACGUUUGUUGGCGUUUGGCUCGGUGCCGUCUGUCGAAAAGUUGACGUCGCCGUGGGAGGUUGUGCGAGCGUUCUCUGUGUGAAUUGUCGCCUCCUUGCUCGCAAUCCAAUCUCGAGUUCAGUUGCAAACCAGCGUUUCCGCGAUUUUCUUUCUCCCGUGCCCGCCGUAACGAGUUGCCACAGUGAAAAUUCGCCAAUUCAAGAUCGCCAGAACGUUCGCGAGCUCGUCCAAGGAAACAGAGUCGCGCUAUCCGCGAGUGAUGUAAUUCCGCCUGGGAUAUUUGCGUUGCACAGGAAAAGUCUCCGGAAGGUUGGAAAAACUGAGGAAAAACGUCGCCGCCAGUGCCGUCGCGCUGAUUUGACUCGCAACCGAGCGGAAAACGCCGAGAAAAGCCUCAGAGUCCAGGUCGGCAGAAGCGUCAAUUUGACAGUUGCGUUUGCUUGGAUUUUUGGUGUUUUGCCGAAUUUUGCGUUCAAGUUCAUUUGCCGCAAUUUCGUGUGCGUCACCGCGAAACAAGUUGUCCUCCGGGCGAGCGGUGGAUUUGCAAGAGGCGGUAAAGUGCAACGGGCAGUUGGCCAGUCGCGCGGAAAGCAGAGCAGAUUGGAAAAGUCGGGAAAGUGCAGUGUCAGGUGAAGUGUGAAGAGUUGUCGGGAGUGUGUGCCGUGUGCGCUUCGAGAAAAACCCAUCAUCGAUCCGUGUCAAGCCACCGGAAGCAGCGAGGUGGGAAUUUCGCAGUCGCCGAUCCAUUGAAUAUAAUGAACCGGACUGGUUGAAUCAUCGACACCGAACGACUUCUACCCUAAAAUGUGAAGGCAACGUUUCUGCCUUACGACAAAACAUAAGCAGUAACAACCGAAAACUGUAUAAAACCUUGCAACAAGGAUAAAAAUUAAAAAAGUCAAACAGAUAAAAAGUCCCAAAAUGCCAACUGUAAUUGUCGACAGAAUUCCUUUGCCCAAUCUUAAGAUCUACACGACAAUCAGUGUACUUCUUCUGAGCGGAUGCCUCUACUAUUCAGUUCGAGCCACAAGUGAUCCCUAUUGGCGUUUGCAUACGAACUCCUCGACAGUAACCACGUCAAGUUUCCUAUCGCAGGCCGAAGGUAUAUUAAGAACUGAUGAAAAUGGAAAAUCAGUGAUGACAGGAAUCGAUGGACUGGAGUCGAAAAUGCAGAGAAUGCAAAAAGAGAUUGGGGAGCUAACGGAGCGUAUUCAUCCGGCCGAACUGCUAUAUUUGGAACUGAUAGAUGGCCAUGCUAAAAAUGAAACGAGAACGCUUGGGAGACAUCUCAAAGAUAUCGCUACGUUCAUGUCACAGGAGCCAAUAUGUGUUUGGACCCUCAUCAACAUGGCAUAUUGUUGUCUAAUUCUAGUCGGCAAAUCAAUACAAAAGAUAGUUUUUGGAGAUCUCAGAAUUUCAGAGCAACAGCACUUAAAAGACAAAUUUUGGAGUUUUGUAUUUUAUAAAUUCAUCUUUAUUUUUGGUGUAAUUAAUGUACAAUUUAUGCAUGAGGUCAUUUUGUGGAUUGCGUGGUUUUCCAUUUUGGGAUUUCUACAUUUACUAUCACAACUAUGCAAGGAUAGAUUUGAAUACCUUUCAUUUUCACCGACAACACCGAGCUGGUCACAUCUUCGGUUAGUCAGUUUGCUGGUGUCAAUCCUGUCCUUGUCCGGUGUGAUGCUCAUCAUUGCUAUUUGCAUUGGACUCUUCGCCGGCUUCAACACGUUUUUCUUCAUGUCAGCAGAGUGUAUUCUUCUGGCGUUAAAAACAUCUCAUGUCUUAGUCAGAUACGCAAUGUUUCUGUAUGAUAUGCGUCAAGGUGGAAUGGCAAGUGAUGUUGUCUCAUGGGAUAAGCGUGGACCAUAUGCCUACUACACAGAACUUGUAUUUGAUGUUGCCGAACUCGUUGUUGAUUUCAGCCACCACUUGCACAUGUUGAUUUGGAGUAACAUAUUCCUAUCCAUGGCAAACUUGAUUGUAAUAAUGCAACUUCGAUACCUUGCGAACGACAUUCAGAGGAAAUUCAAAAAGCAUCGCAACUAUCUCUGGGUGCAAAAUCAUAUGGAAAAGAGCUAUCCACUAGCAAGUCAAGACGAUCUUUCAGAAAACUGUGAUAACUGUGCCAUUUGCUGGGAGAAAAUGGAAACAGCAAGAAAACUUCCAUGCGGACACUUGUUCCAUAAUUCGUGUCUUCAGUCUUGGCUGGAACAAGAUACUAGUUGUCCUACAUGCAGGUUAGGGCUGAGUGUACAAAAUACAGCAAUUCAACGUGAUGUAAUUGACCGAAUAGACGAACCUGAAACGAAUGUACGUGGAAAUAACCACUUUUUCCAGUUCAAUGGAUCACGAUAUGUUUCAUGGCUUCCCAAUUUCUCCGUGGAAGUAACAAAUAUAAACACAGUUCUUCGACCUGAGCCAAUUCCCACGACCACACAUACCUCACAAAUCCGCAAUAUGGCACGACAAGUACAGGAAAUGUUUCCACGCUAUCCACUUUCAGUUAUAAUUGCCGAUUUACAAUUAUCCCGUUCAAUUGAGAUUACAAUUCACAACAUUUUGGAGGGUCGUCUCAACAUACCAGCGAGAUUACAAGAAUUCCAGGAGGAUGACUUUCAAGAAAUGGCCAACGCACCAAGUACAAGUAAUGGGAAUAAUGUAAAUGAUCGAGACAGUGCCUCAUCUUCAUAUGGGGCGAAUUCAGCAAAUGAAUACUAUGCAAGUCCUGAUUUCAAUAGUAUGCAGGAUACAAAUAGCUCGAGCUCAGUUGAGAGUGGCUACGAAAUCGAGAGAAAUUCCAAUAUUUUUGGAAACCAAAACGACUUAUUAAGGGAUGAUAGUUUCGAAGACAUCCCAUUAGGCGAUCGAUUCUCAAAAAGUUCUUCAGAAAGAGAAAAGAUCUUGCAACGAAGGAAAGAGAUACUUUUGUCACAAGCUCGAAAAAGAUAUAUGGAAAAGAACAAAUCAGAACUGAACAUACCCCCAGCCAGCGAAGUUGUCCGGCAUCGUAGCAAAACCAGCAUGCAACUCACGCCCGAAUAAAAAAAUUCUCCCUACCUCACACUUCACCACUCACCGAUCCCAGUUUGGAUAUGAAUCAAGCUACAUGAUUACGCUAAAGGACAUGAUCAUCUACACAAAAACAAACAUUCAACAAAAAUGUCAUUGCAUCGUCAAACUUUCAUCGUUUAUUUUUUGUUUUGUGUUUUAAUUCCUAAGAAAUAUUAAAAUGCAUGCUUCACAUCAAGCAGAAUAGAAGAGGACGACAAAGAAGAUGAAAAUAAUAAAUCCUAGCGAAUUACUCUUUAACUUUGUGUCAACUGUUUGUACAUUAUAUUAUGAGCUGUUGAAAUUAACUUUUUACUCAUAUCAUUGUCGAAACAACAAUCACAAUCUAUGAAAUUUUCGUGAAAAGAUACUUUACGAUAAGUGGUUAUCAUAUAAAUUACAUGAAUCAAGAAGACAGGAGAGUCUAGUGCGUGUCCUUGAUCUGAUGAAUAGUUUUUAGUGCUUUUAAUUUUAUCGAAUUAAUAUUAUUUUUCUGUCCGUUAUAUGUAUUUUUGUUUUGUUUGUUAAGAAAAGACUGCAGUUUAUAGAUGAAGACAUAUACAUGAUACAUACACAUUAUACUGUAAAAUUACGAUGUUAUACUAGUUUUCCUUUUGCUAUUAGUUCGCUUCUUGCUAUACGAUUUCUUUCUAAUAAUGUAAUUCUGCUCUUCUUCUCUACUUUCUUUUGAAUUUACCAAAUCGAAGCUGUAGAAAGGAAGCCGUCGAAGUUGUGUGCCUGUGAAUAUUAUCGCAUCAAAAUUAAUUUAAUAAUAUUUGAUAAUAAUGAAUUUAUAGUGUUCCUAAAUAAUAUUACGUUAAAUUAUACGAUUAAUGCCUUGUAUGAAAGUUA